AAAAAGUAAAGUGACAUUUCUGAAAGAUUCUUCAACUGGAAAGAAAACUUUUCAUACCAACCCUUUUUUCAUCUAAACUUAAAUAAUUUAAACAAAAUCCACCCAUUUAUUUUACACUAGACUAUUUAAUUUCUUUCUUGUAAAUAAAUUUAUUACAAACCCAAAAAAUUAUGGCAUCAUCUCCAUACCCACCUCUAAGCGAGUCAUGUGCCAAAGCCUUGGGUGACAAGGUUUAUGAAAAACGACGAUUAGCUUCUCAGGAAAUUGAUAAAACUGUAGCCGAGUUAAAUAAUAAAGGAAAUUCCGCACAAAUAAGAAAUCUCAUUGAUCUAUUGUCAAAUGAUUUUGCCACAUCAAGAGAUCCAAAUCGACGUAAAGGUGGAUUGAUUGGUUUAGCUGCAGUUAGUUUAGGACUGGGAAAAGACACUGAAAAAUACGUCAAUGAACUGGUUACGCCUAUUCUUAAUUGUUUCUCUGAUCCCGAUAUCAGAGUUCGUUACUUUGCCUGUGAAUCUCUUUACAAUGUAGCUAAGAUCGCUAGGUCCUCGAUUAUACCCUUCUUCCCUGAACUAUUUGCAGCUCUAUCUCGAUUGGUAACCGAUUCUGAUAAAACUCUUAAAGAUGGAAGUGAAUUACUCGAUAGACUUUUAAAGGAUAUUGUCACUGAAUCAUCUCAAACUUUUGAUCUGGAAGCAUUUAUUCCACUUCUCAAGGAAAGAGUUUAUGUAAAGAACUCCCAAGCACGGCAAUAUGUGAUUUCAUGGAUUUCAAUCUUAAAUGCUGUUCCAGAAAUCAAUAUGAUUGUCUAUCUAACAGACAUUCUAGAUGGAUUAUUUUGUAUGUUAGAAGAUAAUACAAUUGAAAUUCAAAGAAUGUGUGAAGCUACAAUUGGCCAAUUUCUAAAGGCAAUUCGUUCAGAUUCGUCAUCAGUGAAAAUGGAAGAUACAAUAAACAUUUUGAUUACUCACGCACAAUCCACUAAUGACCUCAUAAAAAACAUCUCAAUCACAUGGAUUAAGGAAUUUGUUCAAAUUUUUGGUUCUGAUGUUUUGCCUUUUGCUAGUGGAAUUUUCACCGCCACAUUGCCUUGUCUUGAGUAUAAUGUAGAAUCAAAGAAAAAUAUUAAAGAAUGUGCUGUAGCUGUAAACACAUCAAUGCUUCAAUUGAUUUCAUCAAAAGAUCAAAAAAUUUACAACAUUGCAAAAUUAGAUUUGAGAUCAGUUAUGGAGGUAUUGAGGCAGUAUUUGACGCACAAUUCGGUACACACGAAAGUUGCAGUACUUAAAUGGAUUCAUCAUUUGUUUUUACAAAUUCCAAGCGAGAUGUCAUCACAUGCUAACAAUUUGUUUCCUAUUUUACUUGGCAUCCUAUCGGAUAACUCCGAUGAAGUUGUCCUUCAUUCUCUGGCAGUGCUGGCUGAAAUAGUUAACUCUACACAUUCCAAUGAUUCCUCAGAUUUCAAUAAACCCCACUACAGAAAAUUCUUAAUAAGUCUACUUAAUUUAUUUAGCGAAGAAAAACAGUUUUUAGAAAAACGUGGAAGUCUCAUUAUUAGACAACUUUGCGUCCUUCUUAAUGCCGAAUACGUUUAUCGGACAUUUGCGGAAAUAAUUGACGAAGAGACAACAAAUAUGAAAUUUGCUUCAACGGUUGUUCGAUCUUUAAAUAUGAUUCUUUUAACCUCGUCGGAGCUAUUUGAACUUCGCAACUCACUGAGAGACAUUGCAAAUGAAAAGUCAGCUUCGUUGUUUAAAUGUCUCUAUAAGAGUUGGGCCCACUGUCCAGUGUCAACGUUGUCGCUUUGUUUACUUGGACAAUGCUAUCAGCAUGUAUCAGACAUAGUUGUCUUAUUUGGAGACUUGGAAAUAACUUUGGAACUUUUGAAUGAAUUGGACAAAUUGGUUCAGCUGAUUGAAUCACCAAUUUUUGCAAGCCUACGUUUAACGCUGGUAUCCAAAGCAAAUAAAUGUGCAGAUGCUCAGCAUUUGGCGCAUGCACUUUUUGGUAUUCUUAUGCUCCUACCACAAACUGAAGCUUUUGAUAUGCUUAAAAAUCGAUUGCAGUGUGUACCAAAUUAUUGGGGUCAGGUACCAAUUGAUGGAAAGAAUUCUUUGGAGAGUAAAAGUAAAAUCAAUUUCGAUGAAUUGCUGCAGUAUUUUGAAAAAAUACAAAAAAUGCAUCGAGAGCAACGAAUGAUACAAAGAAAGCGUAGUGUUAUGCAAUCAGAGGCAUCUUCAUCGUGACUUUUUUAAAAAUUUUAAUUAAAUCAUAUAAAUAUGUUCUUAAGACGAAUAUAAUGAAUGUAUUAUGUAUUUUUUCUAUUUUCACUUGCUGUGAUUAAGCUCAAUCGAUGCGUUUAAUUGAGCUCUUAUAUUGUUUGUUUUUUUUUUAUGCACUUAAAUAAAAA